UUAAAAACAGGCAACUGGCUUAGAGAAUAAAAUACAGAGCUCAGAAAGAAAACAAAUUUCUACUUUACCUUCUCCCUGACUUGGACAGCACAAAUACAGCACCAACAGAAAAACAUAAGAGUUACACUGAGUCCUCCAGAUCUUGUCUCAGAAAUGAGUCCCACAGCUCCCUGCAAAGCAAUUGGUCUAAUUAGGUGGUAGGAAGGAGCUUCUUUAAAUUCCUCAGAAAUUAAGACGUGUCAUCCGCUUAACAUCUUAGCAUCUGUUACUGCCUCUUCCACAUUUCUCUGCUACCUCAGCCUGAAGAACACUUUCCUGGACUUUUCAGAGAGAUUAAAAAAAAAUAAAAAAAUAAAACCAAAAAACCAAAACCCUUAUAAUACAGAAGAAGUUGGCUCUUUCUUCAGUGGGAUGAAGCAUGUAAGGCAUUUCACCCCCUCCUUAUUUCUCAGUUUGGUGCAUGUUUGCCUGGUUCAGGCAAAUUAUGCCCCCUAUUUCUUUGAUAAUGGAGCCAGAAGCACAAAUGGGAACAUGGCACUUCUCAGCCUUUCGGAGGACACGCCUGUUGGAACCCAUGUGUACACUCUGAAUGGAACUGAUCCAGAAGGAGAUCCCGUGACAUAUGAUCUGACCUAUGAAGCUGGAUCAAGACGUUACUUUUCUGUUGACAAGAACCUUGGAAAUGUUACUUUGAUCGAGGAGCUUGACAGAGAGAAGGAAGAUGAGAUUGAAGUUAUUGUCAGUAUUUCAGAUGGUCUGAGUACAGUUUCUGAAAAAGUCAGGAUCCUUGUAAUGGAUGCCAAUGAUGAGAGCCCAGAGUUCAUCAAUACACCUUACAUAGUCGAAGUCCCAGAGAACACUCCCUCCAGCAGCAGCAUCUUUAAGAUUGAGGCAAUAGACAAAGACACGGGUUCUGGAGGAAGUAUCACCUACUUCUUGCAGAACAUCCAUGCUAAUAAGUUUACAAUAGACCGUCACAGUGGUGUCCUGCGCAUCAAACCAGGGGUCACCCUGGACUACGAGAAAUCAAGAACACAUUUUGUCGUCGUCGUAGCCAAGGAUGGAGGUGGGAAGCUCAGGGGAGACAACAAAGUAUUUUCAGCCACAACAACAGUUACUAUCAAUGUGGAGGAUGUUCAGGACACUCCUCCUAUGUUCAUCGGGACUCCCUACUAUGGAUAUGUCUAUGAGGACACGCUCGCAGGCUCUGAGGUCCUUACUGUUGUUGCUCUGGAUGGAGACAGAGGAAAGCCUAACAGUAUUCAUUACUGCAUCGUGAAUGGAAGUGAAGGGUCAUUUGAAAUCAGCAACACAACUGGAGCCAUUUCUGUGAUAAAAAGCCCAAAUCAGCUCAAGAAAGAAGUUUAUGAACUAAAAGUUAAGGCAUCAGAAGUCAGUCAGGAAGGUGACACCUCAGAGCACACGUUUGCCAUGGUGACCAUACGGGUGGUCGACCUCAACAACCAUCCACCAACGUUCUAUGGAGAAAAUGGUCCCCAGAACAGGUUUGAACUGACCAUGUACGAGCAUCCCCCAGAGGGUGAGAUCUUAAGGGGAUUGAAGAUCACAGUCAAUGACUCAGAUCAGGGAGCCAAUGCUAAAUUCAACCUCCGUCUUAUUGGACCUGGUGGCAUAUUCCGAGUGGUUCCUCAGACUGUCCUCAAUGAGGCUCAGGUUACAAUAAUAGUGGAAAAUUCUGCUGCUAUUGACUAUGAAAGCUUCAAGGUGUUAACCUUCAAGCUUCUUGCAAUAGAGGUGAACACACCUGAGAAAUUCAGCUCGACGGCUGACGUAGUGAUUCGCCUGCUGGAUACCAAUGACAAUGUCCCGAAGUUCUCCUCUGACUACUACAUUGCCAGGAUCCCCGAGAACUCCCCAGGGGGCUCAAAUGUAGUCGCUGUUACAGCUACAGAUCCAGAUUCAGGGCUUUGGGGAGAGAUCAAGUACUCUAUCUAUGGAACAGGAGCAGAUCUGUUCCUAAUCCACCCAUCAACAGGUAUAAUUUACACCCAGCCCUGGGCUGUACUAGAUGCUGAAGUGAACUCGAAGUAUAAUUUCUAUGUGAAAGCAGAGGACACAGAUGGGAAAUACAGCUUGGCUGAAGUGUUUAUCACCGUGCUGGAUGUCAAUGACCACUCUCCAGAGUUCAAUGAAAACAUCCAGGAAAAGACGAUGAUCAUUGGGUCACCAGUGAAGAUAGAGGCUAUAGACCAAGAUGCAGAAGAACCCAACAAUAUUGUGGAUUAUUCCAUCAUGCAAGCAGAUCCAGCCAAUGUGUUUGACAUAGACCAAAGCACUGGGGAAAUCAAGCUGAAAUCCUAUAUCCGAUCUCUGGACAUCAUCCACAACAUCACAAACAAUAAAGACUGCAUAUGGUCAUUGGUGGUCCAGGCCAAAGACCGAGGCUCCCCAUCCUUCAGUACCACAGCAGUUCUGAAGAUCGAUAUCACAGAAGAGACUCUUCACAAAGGGCCUAUGGCCGCCUUUUUGAUGCAAACUAAAGAUAACCCCAUGAAAGCCUUAGGAGUGCUAGCUGGUGUCAUGGGCAUAAUGGUGCUGAUAACUAUCAUGAUCUCUACUGCCAUGUUCUGGCGCAACAAGCGGUCCAACAAAGUCAUGCCGGUGAGAAGGAUCAUAAAAAAGAGACAGAUGCCGCCAUCCCGGACAGUCAGGAUGGAGUGGCUGAAGUUCAAGAGGCCCAGCAACGCUGCAGAGAAGUUUGUCGUUGAGGAGGACGUCAAGAGCCUACACAAUGAGAACAGCAACAACAACGUCCAGGUUGUCCCCGUGCCGCCAGCAGCCCCCCUGCCACCGCCACCCCCUGCCCUGGCUCCACGGGGCGAUGCCCCAGGGUGGCGGGUGCCAACUGUGUCCGGCUCCCUCACUCCCAAGCAUGUAAUCAAGCCCCCAAAGAAGAAAGGUCACAGCAGCACCCACAACGCCCUCGUGUCAGAGCUCAAAAUGAGGUUUGAGAAGAGGAACGCAGCUUUCGGGGAGCCCCACAUCUAGGCGCUCUCAGCAGCUCCCAGAGACUGCAGACUGUGGCUGGGCAUGGAUGUUUUUAUGUGCUGUCUCUUCCCCAUGUCUGUCAGCACCCUGUGAACCAGAGCAGCUUCUCGCUGUGAUAGCCACCCCUCACCUUCUGCAAGUACCACGUGCUGUGAGUCACCCCACCCGCAGAAGCGCUGCCUCCGUGUGCAGUCGCAACUGCGGCUCCUUCGGCCGUGUCCCGUGGGCCCUCCCUGCAGCUGUGUCUGACCACGGUGCUGAGCGCGCCAGCCACAGCCUCCCCAGGUGAACAGGGACUCAGGUUGCCCCUGGUUUGGAGGUCUCUGCCCAGAGCUUGGGUUUUCAAACAAGAUGUUCUGCAGCCAAGGCCCUGGUGGAUGGUUCUUUCUGACCCGGUCUGGCAGGUGGGUUUGAGGUGUCAGAAAAUCCAUCACUUCAAAUCCCAGACCCAUUUUUGAAGAUGUUGGCACGGCUGUGGCAGCAGCACUGAGUCGAGGUGCAGGUCUCCUACAGCAGUGACACAGCCCUGUCCCCAGAGCACAGUGUGCUUUGCAACAGCUGGCGGAGUGAUGUGCUCGUGGCCUGAGUACCUUCAUUCCCGAAAGGUAAGCGGGCAGGCUCGGAGAAUCUCUUCAUUUUCCUGCAGCUUACGCUGGGUUUUGCCAGAGCACAUUGACAUGAUGCUGCGCUUUGCUUCUGCCCUGGACUUGCCUGCUCUGAGGAGGGAUGGGAGGGGCACCUCAGCCGUCCCUGGACCAUCAGGGCCAAGAUUCGAGCACAGAAGUUCCAUAGCAGCUCUCAGUCAGCACUGCCUCCUUCUGACACUGCGCCCCAAAAGAGUGGGAGCCUGGCAGGAGAAGGGCAUGAAUAAAAACACAGGGAACACUAGGUAAAACUGAGAGGCAAAUGAUAAGUGGAAGACAGAGACAAGUGCUGAAAAGUUGCAUAUGUUGGCCAGGGAAGUGUCUGGAAAGAUCAUGUGGUGGUGUACACUCUAGCAGAAAGUGUCAAGGAAUAUAUUUAAUCACCUCUCCUGGCUCGUUGCAGGGACUGGUGUGUGAAAAAGGAGAUUUCCAUAAAAUAUUCAGGUUUUUCUUAUCAGUAUUUUUGAGUGAAUUAAACAACAGUUAAUGGGAGGGGACUGGCAGGGCAGCUGACAGGUUUUUUUUCCUUUACAUGACAGUAAAAAGGCACUGAGAGCAGAGCACUUUUUUCACUGGCUCUACCCGAGGGACUCCCCCUCAGGUUUGUUUCUGAAGAGAUGUUUUUCAGCUGGGCCUGGCUGUUUCACAUCCCCUUGAGAGAAGUCAGCACCAAUGGAGCUGGCUGGGGAGCAGCACCCGGUGCCCUCUCUGAGACCAGCCCUGCAGAGAAGCUGUGCAGUCAUGGUACCAGGAACAUCAAGGUGGGGAGCAAACCUGACGGGACACACCAUGUUAAUUCAAGGGGUUCAUGAGACUUCUCCAGCUGUCAUUUCAGUCAAACCAGCAGACCUGGCCCUCAGGAUCUCCUCUCACUCCAGUAGCUGAAAAAAUUCCACUUUUUGCAGCAGGACUUCAUUAUUUUAGGGUAUGGCUGGUUGAAUAUGAAAUGACCCACUUACAAGGAAAAUCUUGUAUUUUUUAACUUCAGUUCAAUCUGUCUAGAAGCCAUAGUGCUCAUGGCUCAUGUCACCCAUGAGCUGAGCCAGCAGCUGUAGCCAAGAGGUGCAGCAGAGUCCCAGCUGGGGGCCACAGCAGGAGCGCUGCUCCCAGAGCCUCUCCUGUCACAUCUCUCCUUUUCUCUACUGUUUUCUUAUCUCUCCUCCUGGGGCACUGUGAUGUGAAGCCCAGGUUCUCACCUGUCCAAUCACCCCCUCCUUGUCCCCUGGCCAUAAGCUGGCCGGAGGGAGGGGAUGUGCAGCCCCUGGCCCCACUCCUGCUGCCCUGUGCAAGCACCUGCCUUCUGCUGGCUGAGUGUCUGCAGGUUCUGCAAUCUUCCCCAAAGCUCCUGAUUUAUUCCCCACACCACUGUCUUCCCAAGUGUUGUGUUAUUGCCACUAUUCUGUGUUCAUUCUCUAAUGAAGAAAGCCUAUAAAGACCAUUCAAUUAAGUCAGAUUUAACAGGAAUUACAGGCUUAUAGUCUUAGAGAUUAUAUUUAAGAGGCAAUAAAGAUGUUUUAUUACUAUGUUGUGAUACUCUUUCCCAGUUACUCUGUAUUUCAACUUCAAGGAUUUUUUUUAAUAAAUAAA